UGCACAGAGAAAGAGAAAGAGAUUCCUCAAAUGGGUUUUUGUUAUAUAUGAGAUGAAGUUUGUAUUUGCAAUGCCAUUAACAAAACAACACCAAGAGAUUCAGAAACAAAUUCUUUGGAGUUUAACUUACAAGCUUCACUUUUGCUCUCAGGUGCGGACGGUGGAAGCUAUUAUCGAAUCGGAUAAAAUUAUAAGGUGCGACGAAGUUUUCCAAAAAUUUGAACUUCUAUUCGUAAUUACAUCUGAUUAAAUUAAAAGAGAUAGGAGACAUCACAUACAAAACUAUAACUAUCAGAAACAUAAAGAAGAAGAACGUCACAUGGAUGAGAAUCUAAACGGAAUUUCAAGUAGUAAAACUACAAGUCAUAAGAUUCGUAACAAAGAAAAUGAACCCAUCAAUAAGAGAUUCAACACCAUAGAUGAUGGUGAAGUUGAUUUGAUAGAGUGUUCUGGCAAGUAUUGCAAAUCAUGCAUAACAGGAUUAGUAACUGAUUGUGUUGCAUUAUGUUGUUGUCCUUGUAUUGUGUUACAUUGUUUUGCUUUGGCCUUUAUAAAGGCACCUUGGGUUAUGGGAAGAAAAUGUUUGGGAUUACGGAGCAAGAACAAGAAUAAGAAGAAGAAAUGUUGUCAUAAGAAAAAGUGCAAAAAGGGACUUAAAGAUGUUGAUGAUGUUGUGUUAGAAGGAGAAAACGAAAAUGGUUUAAAUGUAGGGUGGCCAGCAUCACCAAUGGAUAAUGUCCAUGUUAAUGUUGGAUUUGAAGCUGAAAAGGUUUGGCAUGAGUUGUAUCAAAUUGGUCAUUUAGAUUUUGGUAGGAUUUCUUUCUCAAAUGUUUAG